UGGCGACAACAGCCCGCCCCAGCAAUGCAUAAGGUUUCGGAGCUCCUGAAAGACACUCAGUUUUACCACGCCACGGAACCACGGGAUAGAUUAUUCGGGCUACAUUCUCUCACGAUGGACCCCUUUCGGGCUUGCUUUUUGCCCGACUACCACCAAUCGAUGCGAGCAGUCAACAUCCGGAUGGCAGCAUACCUUCUUUGUAUUGAGGGAUGGACCGAAAUGUACAACUACUUUCCCACCACAGCCGACGCAACCCUCCCUUCCUGGGUUCCUGACUUCUCUACCAACCGCGAACGAGAUAAAUGGUCUCGAAUUUGGGAUAGCUCUCCCUUGCUGAGCCUAGGAGAGCUUGAAUGCUGGGCUGAAGGGGCUAUUCUAGGCAUUCGUGGUAUCGAUUGCGGUACAGUGACUGAGAUGAUGGGUCUGAACUGGAAGGGCAAGGACAUGACAGUACCAUCGCAGGAUUCAAGUACCGCCUCCUGGUCUCAAUUGGGACGUCAUGAUGCCAACAGCUUUGAAACUCUCUCUCGAAUCCUAGCUGAUACUGAGCCCGAACGUCCGUUGCCUACCACCGAGGCUGAACUGGAGAACUGGAGCGCAAGUCCCAACUUGUGGUUGGGCCUUUCAAAGAUCGCACAUGAAGCCGAUAGCCUGCCGGCGUUUGACACCGAUGUUUGGGAUUUUUUGAAACUAUUCAAAAGCACGCUGACCAAAACCGACUAUCACCUGCUGGAUCUCGGAAGGUUGGAAUUUCGAGCUGACCUGACCGCACCUACGAUAGAGAAGCGACUGAGGAAAAUGCCAGAAUGGAAAGACAGCAGUAUUGAUGAAGCUUGGCGAGAGAUGAAGACCCAACUUGGAAAACGCUCAGACUUAUGGCCGGAUGAACAUUUCCAGGGCUUCAUCUUCACAACUGACACGGGCUUUACCGGUCUGUGCCCUCUUGAAACUCAGGUUGGAGACAAGCUCGUUGUUCUCUUUGGGAUGCCAACGCCUUUCCUGGCGCGAAAAGACGAGUCAGAUGGCAAGUAUGUGCUUAUUGGGCCAGUCCGGGCUGCUAGAGAAACCCUUGAAGGGAUCAAGGAGGAGGCUAAGCAAGGAGCUGAUGGGGAGGGGAUUUUAUAUUUCAAGUAA